AUAUUCCUCAGAAGAAGGAGAUUGGGCUCUAUGGUUUAGCACAAGCUAACCCAGUAAAGUAAUGCUUGCCUCUUUCUAACCAUGUGGAUUUAAGAAGAACGAAGACAACUCAGGAAGCGAGAAAUAAUUUUCGGGUUGUUCGCGGCAUUGAGUCUUCGCAGCCAAUGUUUUGUUUGUAUUCGUCCCCGCCCGCCAGAAUGCUGCCCGGGCUUAAACUUGUUGGAGGAUCCUGAAUUAGCAGCGACAGGGCCUGUGAAGCCGCGGUGCUCGAGUGGAGCGUUAGUCCGGGAUCUGAAGUGUUUGUCCGGCGGAUUACUGCUGCAAGGUUUUACUUGGUUUUAUUUUAACCAACUUUUUCCUGACAUGUCGCACACUGGACCCCCUCCUCGAUGGCGUAACUGUCCCCGGAGAGGGCAGCCCGUGGCAGGUAAAUUCCUCCCUAUGAAGACAAUGUUGGGUCCCAGGUAUGAUGACCAAGUUGCAGAGGAGAACCGGUUCCAUCCGAGCAUGUUGUCCAACUACUUAAAAAGUCUCAAAGUGAAAAUGGGGUUGCUCGUAGACUUGACAAACACUACUCGCUUUUACGACCGCAACGACAUCGAAAAAGAAGGAAUCAAGUAUCUGAAGCUGCAGUGUAAAGGCCACGGGGAAUGCCCUUCCAAGGAGACGACGGCAGUGUUCAUCGGACUCUGCGAGGACUUCAUAGAGAAGAAUCCCACAGAACUGAUAGGAGUGCACUGCACGCACGGCUUCAAUCGGACAGGCUUCCUGAUCUGUGCGUACCUGGUGGAGAAGAUGGACUGGAGCGUCGAGGCAGCUGUGGCUGCUUUCGCCCAGGCUCGGGCUCCCGGGAUCUAUAAGGGAGACUACCUCAAAGAGCUCUUCUGUCGCUACGGCGAGGAAGAGGACGCGCCCCCUGCCCCCGCGCUGCCCGAGUGGUGCUUUGACGACGACGACGGGGAAGUGGACGACGACGGCAACGCCGUCGGCCAGGAGUCGGGCCCCAGCUCCUCGGGGUCGGCGCCUGGCAAGAGAAAGAAGGAGAAGCUAAAACUAGGUGCGGUGUUUCUCGAAGGGAUCGCAGUGAAGGGGGUCUCGCAGGUCACGACCCAACCCAAGCUAGGCGAGAUCCAGAGAAUGUGUCAGGAGAUGGCCGAGUGGGAAAGGUCUGGGUUUCCCGGUGCACAGCCUGUGUCCAUGGACCGACAAAAUAUUCGUUUUCUUGAGCAGAGUCCUUAUAAAGUCAGCUGGAAAGCUGAUGGCACACGGUACAUGAUGCUGAUCAAUGGAAAGAACGAAGUGUACAUGAUCGACAGGGACAACACGAUCUUCCACAUAGCAAACCUCGAGUUCCCUUUCCGGAAGGAUCUACGCGUCCAUUUAUCCAAAACGCUACUGGAUGGGUAUUUUGUGUUUCAGGGACAGCCUGUUGGCCAGUGUGAUUUCAACAUUCGGCUGUUGUGCAUAGAAAAGGAAAUCAUUUCUCCACGUAUGGAAAAAAUGAAGAUCGGACAGAUCGACAAAACCAAGGAGCCCUUCAGUGUCCGAAAUAAGCCCUUCUUCGACAUUAAUGCAUCCCGCAAGCUCCUGGAAGGCAGCUUCACAUCCCAAGUCAGCCAUGAAGUUGAUGGACUGAUCUUCCAGCCAUGUGGGCGGUACAAGCCUGGGAGAUGUGAUGACAUCCUCAAGUGGAAGCCCCCCAACCUCAACUCUGUGGACUUUCGCCUCAAGAUCACCAAAGUCGGAGGAGAGGGGCUGUUACCGCAGACUGUUGGCUUGCUCUACGUUGGAAACUAUGAAAGGCCCUUUGCAAAGAUGAGGGCAACCAAAGAGCUGAAACAGUACGACAACAAGAUCAUCGAGUGCACCUUUGCUAACAACAGCUGGGUGUUCAUGAGGCAGAGGGUGGACAAAAGCUUCCCCAACUCCUACGACACGGCCAUGGCUGUCUGUAAAAGCAUCCAGGAACCCGUCACUAAGGAAAUCCUUUUUGAGUAUCUGGACCGCUGCGCCCAGGGAGUCAAAGCACAGACCCGGAAACGCCCGUCUGACCCAGACUCUGAGUUAAUGCCCCCUCCCCCUCCGAAAAGACCCAACUGGGCAGCGCCGUAGCCCCCAGCUGGGCCCUGAGGACUCCCCACCACAGUCACAGCGAACAUCCACUUCAGCAGCUACAAACCCCCUACAGGAAACGUUUCAGGCCUGUUUGCUUCGUCUAAUUCGCUCCCCCCCCGGCUUGUACAUGUAAGGACCUCAGAGACGUGACUGCCUCAAUGUGAAUCGUUCAGUUACCUGGUAGACCUCCUUGUAGCUUUAACUGCUUGUGUUCUUAUUAAAACACUGAACAUAAUGCUUAGAUUAUUUUUUGACUGUUUUCCUAUUUAUUUUUUUUUAAAAUCCAGAGCUAAACAAUCAAGAAGGACUUUGUAAUGGCUACAAUUAACACCCGAUGAACAUUGUUUACUUUGUGUCAACUAUUUCCUUGUUUUAAUUUGAAAAAGGAGUAAACAUAAUCAAAGUUCAA